CAAAAUUAGGCCAUAUGUUCCCACAUUUCUAAGAUUUUUUUCAAAAUUAGGCCAUAUGUUCCCAGCAAAACGAUUAGCAGCCAAACAUAACGCAUAAAGCGGUGACAAGGUAAAACAACAUGGCAGAGGGUACUAUUCUACUUCUUCUGAGACACAAAAUAUUUAACCGUUCAAAUCUCUUCCUCAGUUAAUUUAAAUAAUAUUUAUUUCCCCUUCUUUUUAAAAUAAUCGUACCAUGGUUUGGUUUGGAUGUUUUCUUUCACCCACAAUCAUUUUAUUUAAAUUAAAUUAGAACAAUAUAAAAUGUUUGCUGCUUUAUUAAAAGGAAAUGAUUCAAAAGUAUAUUUUACUUGCAAUAUGCAAAAAUAUAGGCUAACAGGUAUUGAGAAGAAAGGAGUCAAAGUUGAUUAUAUUCUCACUACUUUUAAUUUUCUUUAAAUCAAACUAUUGUUUUAUAAAAGUAGUUUUAUCUUGAUCUUUUAUCUCAAAACAAACACACACAGGCUGGGUGAUAUACUGUGUAAUCUGUUAAUUUGAGGUCACGUGACCUGUGUGGAUGUAUCCUAAGAACGUGUAACCUGAGUGGAGUCGCGUGUCAGUAAUUGGAUGAGCCUCUGAUUGGCUGAAGGCCUCGGACCCAUACUGGCAACACGUACUCUGCUGCGUCACGGAUUUUAAUCUGUAGCUGCGCGCAGUGAGGACACCACCGGAAACGACGCGGCUCUGCCUUCAAAAUAAAAUCAGAAAAGACGUAUUGCCAGUUUUUAAUCCGCAGAAGAUGACUUCCACGAAGACAGAAGCGUCACUUUGACUUAAAAAAAUGCAAGCCACGAAAGUUCUCAAGCCCAAACCAGUGGAGGCCACGAGCCAGACCCUCGAGAAAACCAAACCGGUGAAGGUGCGCACGGUUAACGGAGCACCAAGUCAGCUCACGGUCCCCGCUGUGCGUAAAAGCCGUGCGUCGAGCUGCCCGAGAUGUCCGCCGCGGGACAGGUGUGAGCGGGGGCGCGCCGGAGCGGAGGGCCCCCCCUUCAGAAGGAGCUGUGAAAGGAGGGCCAGGUCCAGCUCCACCGCCCCCAAAACAACCGCGAGUACAAACGGGGACAGUCGGAGGGCGAGUCCGUCUGGGAAACAUGCUGCCGGUAACCCAAAAUGUCCCGGUCCGAGGGAGCAGCAGGGCGUCCGCGCGGAGACGAGAAGUCAGAGUCACAAAGCUUUCACCGUCAUCCCUCCGAACCCCAAGAAAAGAAGAGAGAUCCAGAGAAAGGCGGAGGCGGAGCUCGCCGCUUUAGAGGAGCUUCGGCUGAGCAGAGUGAUGGCGUACGUCUCCAUUGACCCCAGCAGUGUCGGUGGCUGUAUGAGUCUGGAGGAAGUACGGUUGAAGCAGCAGCAGGAAAUGAUGCAAGCCAAGAGGAAACCUAAACCGAUGAAGAAGCAGGUGAUGGAGGAACCAUCUGUCCUGAAAUGCUGAGCGUCGCCUCUCCUCCCGUCUCUACCGGCAGCUCAACUCCUCGCUGUAGUUGUUUAACACAAAGGUUUUAAAAAUCACAUGUUUAAAUCUAAAAAAAUGUAAAUGAAACCUGUAUAGAAACAGUAUUUGUAUACAAAGAAUGGCACUGUGAAGAUUUCAUACUGCAUUAUACGAUGCGUUUUGUAUACAGUUGUUUAGUAUGUCGUGUCAUGUGUAUUUUAUAUAUUAAAUGUAUGUCAAGUAAAAAUCAUACAGUUCAAGGGUUAGUUCACUCAAAUUACAAAGAAAACACAAUUUCCCACUUUUAUUUUCUCACGUAUGAGUAUCUAGACAUGGAUUUCUUACAUGCAUCUGGCAUCCCAAAAGUUUUUUUUAUAUUUAUUUUUGGAAGAAUAAAAAAUGGACUGAUUAGCAAAGCCA